AUGUCAUGUGUUGGCCUCGAGAAGGAAGCAAUCAUAAUAAUCAACUUUUUAAUGCGAAAUCGACAUGUGAAAAUUAUUGAAAGCAUCAAAUCAAUUGAUGAAGACUUGGAGAUCCAUGGAAUAAACAUCAAUCAUCGGAAACAUUUUCUGACAGCAUUUGUGAGCACAAUUCUUUACUUCAUGAUAGUGAAUAUUACGUUGUGUUGGGUAAUUGUGUUGAAAUUAGCAACGACAAAUGAUAACAACAAAUAUUACUGGAUAAUCAACUUGUUUGCUGCUUAUAGCUUUAACUCCUUCUUGAACAAUUGCAUCAGUCACAUGCUGAUUACUGGGUCGAUCUACAAAAGGUUUCAAUUACCACAAUUUACUGAUUUUGGUGGAAUAGAAAUGAUCAGCUCAAUGCUCGCAAAAAAUUCUAAGCGACAAAAACCUUUUGAAGAAUUGUGA